GGCAGUAGGGUCACUGCACGCGGGCCCUGUCGCACGCGGGGGCCACGCGGCAGUGCCCUCUUCCCACGUCAGAGGAUCUCGUUCCCGUCCGAGGACCCCCGCUUCUCCUUCUCCUUGCUCGGACCCCUACAGACAAUCACACAUAUACACACACACGCAGCAGGUACCCGCGCUCGUGCUCUUACCGCGCCGGGAUGGGCGCGAAGGGGAUGGCGACGGCGGCGGGGACGGCGGUGUUGCUAUACCUGGUGCUGUCGGGCCGGCUCUGCGGGGACGCCGCCGGCGACGGCGGCAACCUGGAUGACCAGCUGAUAUCGUCGGCUGUUUCGGCGGCGGCUGAGGCGCGGAGGCGGAGGAAGGAGGACGCCCGGGCGCGGCGGGAGCAGCGGCGGGCGUCGCGCACCAAGUGGCGGUGGCCCGAGCGCGCCCCGGACGGGUGGGGCGAGGCGGCCGCCUUGGCCGCGCGCACCGUGCGCUUCACCUGGGCGGAGACGCUCGGCAAGUGGGCCCUAGGGGAGGUCUCCUUCGGUAUCAAGCACUACAUGCGCCAGCAGGGCAAUCUGCAGCAUGAGUAUGCUGGAAGUGAUUCUGUACUACUGGAUGGGCCUGAGGUAAGGCAGGAGCUGAUUUCGCUGCUCAGAUAUCUGAAGCAAUGCAUGUAUUUCUCGAAGAAGCCAUACAACGUGUUUUUGGAGUAUGGUGGUUAUGGCCAGAAUGAUGUUCUUAUAAAGAAAUCUAAGGCGAGGAUCUUGAAGCCUGCCUUCACAAUUGUCUGUGACAGAAGUAGCCAAUGCUUUCUCCUCUUCAUUAGGGGGGCUAUCAGUGUUAAGGAGCGGUUGACAGCAGCAACUGGCGCAGAGGUUCCAUUUCAUCACGUUGUGGUCCAGGAAGGUCAAGUCUCCAACCUAGUGUUGGGUUACGCUCACUGUGGAAUGGUUGUAGCAGCUCGAUGGAUUGCAAAACAAGCCAUUCCUUGCCUGAGUAAAGCAAUCGAGCAAUUCCCAGAAUAUGAGGUUAAGAUCAUUGGACAUUCAAUGGGAGCUGGGAUUGCAACAAUACUAACAUACAUCCUUCGCGAGAAUGAGAAGCUGGCAUCAUCCACUUGUAUUGCAUUUGGGCCAGCUGCUUGCAUGACAUGGGACUUGGCUGAGUCGGGUAAAGACUUUGUUACCUCCAUCGUUAACAGAAAUGACCUAGUGCCAUCACUUGGCCUAGUUUCUGCUGCCAAGCUUCGGGCAGAGGUUAUGUCAUCGUCUUGGGCACAUGACCUUCGCAAACAAAUUCAGCAGACUAGAUUCUUAGGUUUUGUGAACCGUUCUGUGAGUUUCAUAAGGUCUCAUGUGCCCUUUGUCUCUGAUCCAAGAUCGAAGGUUGUGGAUGUUGAUAUGAUGCAAUCUCAGAGUCCUGAGGCUGGGAGUAAGCCUUCAGCAGAUACCCAUGCUGUGGUGAAGAAACGCCCUGCACUGGCUUGCUGGUCAUGUGUGGCUGCACCCAAACAGAGUAUGGAAUCGUCAAUACAAAUUGAGGGCACGAAAGUUCAAACCGACACUGGUGUCCAAACUGAGAAAACUACCGAAGCGGCAACUGCUGCGCUAGUCUCAAUCCAUCUUGGUGAACUAAACCUUCAAGAACCAGAUAACAGAGAGGAAAAGGGAUCAGCAUUGACAGAAACAGAUGAAGACGCCAUGGAGCUUCUGGAGUCCUUGACCGACGAGAAGCAGUUGCCAUCAUCGUCAAGCUCUGGUCAAGAGCCACACCAGCUGUACCCCCCAGGGAAAAUACUCCACAUGGUUGGAUUGCCAGCAGCGGAAGAGGCAACCACGAGUCAGCAAGGAGCCCAGGAGGAGGUCAUCGCCCUAUAUGAGACACCCCGACAUUUGUACAGUAAGAUUCGCCUGGCGAGGUCCAUGAUAGGAGAACAUUACAUGCCCAAGUACAUCAAGACAAUGGAGCAGUUGAUAGACAAGCUUGCAGAGGACAUCGACGACCAGCUGGACUCCUUGUAGCAUCAAAAGUGUGUACAGGAUAAUUAUUGUACAGAUCAUGAAAAGGAAAGUCAUUCUUUCAGAUUGCUUGUGCGUAAUUGUAGUUGGUUUAAGUUUUGUGAUGGCGAUCUAGAAGAUGUACAACACUGCCAGUUGGGCUCUGGUCUGUUUAUUCUUGGUCAUUCCACUUUGGCAGGCACCUCAAGAAAAGCUCAAAGAGCUGCGCCUGGUGAUGAUCUCUGUAAUUUCAACAGCACUAGUUUUCUUUAGCUGUGAAUAUUUAAUAUAUUAACCAUUAAUUUGUGGGCA